AUGCCCGAGGCGGAGGGCUCUCAAGCUCAAACCCAGUCGCAGCGCCCUAAUCGGGGAAGAAAUCAUGGUCACCGCAGAGGCCGCGGUGGUAAGACCCGUCAACUGGUAGACGGUUCUCGCUCGGGGGGUGCAUCUGCUCCCUCUCAAAGCGAGACUUUUCAAUCACAAGCUGGCUCUACAGCCACACAAAGGCAGAGUCAGGCAUCUUCGGAAGCACCAACUAGAUCAAUCCCAGAUGGUUCCAACUCAAACCAGAGAGGGAGAGACCGAAGACCUCGUGGCCCACGACAAGUUGGCCGUGGCUCAGCAAGACAUGACGCUCCGCGAUCGUUUGCUCACAGAUCAUUUGGUGGCCACCUCACCGGCAUAAGUGGCGAAGCUGGUGAUAGUGCCGUCUCUGCUGCUCCCUCGCUGAGCGCGGAUGCACCAGAGUUCGUCCCUGGUAAGCCUUUAGUAACUAGGAGUAAACCUACCAAGCCCAAGACUUUUGCAAAGCCACAAGUGAGGCUUCCAAAAUCUACGGCAGAGGACCUGGGAACUAGGAUCCAUGAGGACAUAAGAAACUUCAACUACGAAUGUGCCAUUUGCACGGACGAUGUUGUGCGGACUUCACACGUUUGGUCUUGUACCCUCUGCUGGACUGUUGUUCAUUUGAAAUGCGUCAGGAAAUGGUACGACAACCAGAAAAAGCAGACAGAUUUACAGCCCUCUGAGCCUCGGCAAGUGUUUACUUGGAGAUGUCCAGGAUGCAACUCGAAGUUAUCUGACGACCCCGGGUCCUAUCACUGUUGGUGCGGAAAGGAUAUCAACCCCCAUCCAGCACCUUCAUCUCUGCCUCCACAUUCUUGUGGUCAAACGUGCUCGAAACCGCGACCGACAUGUCCACACCCGUGCCCUCUUCAGUGUCAUGCCGGGCCCUGCCCGCCCUGUGGCUUAAUAGGGCCAACUCAAUCCUGCUUCUGCGGAAAGAACGAAUCUCGCAAGCUGUGCAGAGAGACCGACUACGAGAAGGGAUGGAGCUGUCAGGAAACCUGCGGAGAUUUGCUUCCUUGUGGGGAGCAUUUUUGCUCCAAGCCGUGCCAUUCCGGCCUCUGUGGAGACUGCGACAUGACUGUUGAUGCCAAGUGUUAUUGCGGCCGAGUUGAGAAGCAAAUGCCGUGUUUUGAACGAGAAGAGCCACAGAUGUCAUACCACAUUGCGGACCAGAGUUGGUUUGAUGGAACUUUUACAUGCGAUCGGCUCUGCGAGCGCAGUUUCGACUGCGGCAUCCAUAAAUGCUCAGAGUCGUGUCAUCCGCAGGACGAGCAGCCAGCACACUGCCCAUACUCGCCAGAAUCUGUCACACACUGCCCGUGUGGCAAAACACCCCUCGGCGAGCUGCUCAAAAAUGCUCGAGUUUCGUGUGAGGACCCUAUUCCACAUUGCGAGGAGCCUUGCCAUAAGAAACUACCGUGUGGGCACUUGUGCGCCUCCAAGUGCCAUACUGGAGAUUGUGGAUUCUGCAACGAGACUAUAGAGGUUGCUUGCAUAUGUGGCCGGACACGCACCCGGAGCGUCUGCCAUCAGGGCGAUGUUCAAAGCCCCAUGUGUAUGAGAAUUUGCCAAGCCAACUUGAGCUGCGGUCGUCACAAGUGCGGAGAGCACUGCUGUGCAGGCGAGAAGAAGGCUGCUGAGAGACAAGCAGCUCGACGAAAGCACAAGCUUCCUAGUGAAGUAACAUCGAUCGAAGCAGAGCACAUUUGCAUCAAGACAUGCGGUAGACAGUUGAAGUGCGGCAGUCACGAGUGCCAGCAAAUCUGCCACCGUGGCCCAUGUGCCAAUUGCCCAGAAGCCAUCUUCACCGAAAUCAGUUGCGACUGCGGCCGGACAGUCCUUCACCCCCCUCAGCCGUGCGGUACCUGGCCUCCAGACUGCCGUUUCAACUGUCUCCGACGGCCCAGCUGUGGACAUCCGUCCGUGGAGCACAACUGUCACGCUGGAGACAUAUCCUGCCCCAAGUGCCCGUUCCUGGUCGAGAAAUGGUGCGCUUGUGGCAAGGAAAAGAUUCACAGCCAGCCGUGCCACCUCCAGGAGGCACAUUGCGGGAGGGUUUGCGGGAAGAAGCUAAAGUGCGGACUGCAUAGCUGCAAGAAACUGUGCCAUCGACCCGGGGAGUGUGAGGAUGCCAAUCUAUCAGGCAAGCGUUGUGAGCAGGCUUGCGGCAAAACGAAAUUGUUCUGUGAACAUCCAUGCCAAAACACAUGCCACGGACAAACUGCUUGCAACGAGUCAUCCGCCUGCACCGCCAAAGCUGUCAUCUCAUGCCCCUGCGGCGUUCGCACCCAAGAAGUCAAAUGUCUCGCCAGCAGCUCCAAUGCCACACCAAGCCGUAUCGAAAUCAAAUGCGACGACGAAUGUCUGCGCCUCGAGCGCAAUCGUCGACUCGCCGCAGCUCUCAACAUUGACCCUACCUCCCAUCAAAACGAUCACAUCCCCUACUCAGACACCACCCUCCGCCUCUUCAAAGAGAAUACGUCGUGGGCUGAGACGCAAGAACGCGAAUUCCGCGUCUUUGCUAGGAGCCCCAACGAGGUGCGUCUCCGUUACAAGCCCAUGAGCACCACAUAUCGCCAAUUCCUGCACGUCCUGGCCGAAGACUACGGGCUUGAAAGCCGCAGCGAAGACAUUGAGCCCUACCGCUACGUCAUCGUCUUCAAGGGCACUCGGUUCGUCUCUGCCCCCAGCAAGACACUCUCCCAGUGUAUCAAGAUCCGAGCUGCCCAAGCGGCAGACGCAGCCAGCGCCGCCGCAUCUCGCGCUCCCUCUCCGCCGUUGACCGUGCAGGACCCCUUCAACGGAUUCCUCCUCACAAGCCCCCGCUUCGGCCUCACCAUCGACGACGUCAAAACCUCCCUCAACUCCGAUCUGUCCACUCAGCCGUCUGUCCAUUUUGAAAUCAGCUUCCUCCCCUCAGACGAGGUGCUCCUCCGCGCAACGACAUCCUACUCGUCGUUUCUGUCGCCCCCGGCCCUCGAACAGGUUCUCAUUUCCCUGAAACCACGUCUUGCCAGGACUAUUCAGGGCUCAGAUGUAGCAGGCAAGGUGUUCCUGUGCCACGUCGAUUCCGCAGGUCAUGUCGCAAGGAGAGACGACGUGAGCAAGACGGAUGCAUCCGGAUGGAGUGCCGUUGCCGGAAGGGCCGCUGCAAAGCUGGAUACUGCCGUCGAAGAAGCUCCCCGGACCACGGGAAGACGCUUAGUCGGGCUUAGAAAGAAGAAGAUUGAGAGGGAGCGGUCGUGGACACAGGAGCUAGAUGGGGACGUCGAGUGUUGA